AUGGGCGAGCAAAACGGAUCGAACACCCCUAUGGGAGAUACAUCUGGUCUAUUUAGCGCGCAGGUCCGGCCUGGUGGUGCGCCUGCACGGGUCUAUCUUAACGAGAAGAUUGUGCCACAUUUGCUUGAAGGGAUGAAGUCUGUUGCGACAGAGCAGCCUGUUGAUCCUUUGCGGGUUCUCGGUGAAUUCUUGCUGCAGAGGAGUAAUGAGGUUGAAGGUGAGGGCAAGAAGGAGUCGGAGUAG